UAGCGCCACGAACGAAUACAUGCUUUGAUGAUAUCGUAAUUUUGUAAAUAUUGUAUUUGUAUAUUGUAAUCUCAUGAUUGACGAUUGUCCCUGAUUCAUAAAUCUGUUAAUAAUUUAGUAUGGUAGUCAAGAAAAACUCUAACUCGUAUGUCUGCUCACUGUUUAACUAAUUAAAAUAUUUAGCACCCAUACAUUUGAUGAUUUCACAUUCAUUCAGUCUUGUGGUCAUUAAAAAUGUAAAAUGGUGUUAGAAUCUUGUUCUGUCAAAAGAUUACUACUGCUAAUUAUUUUCAUCGGAGGGAUUACGCUACUUAUAUUUAUAAAAAUUACAUCUUCAAGUGCAUUUUCUGGUCUCAAUGCCACAAUUGCAGCGGAGACAUCCGAAGGUGUAAAAGAUCAUAAAAAUUCAUCAAAUAAAUGUUGGUUGCGAGAAGAAAAUACAAUUCUGAAAGAGUGUCAUUUGUGUACUGACAGGCUUGAAUGCAUUAAUGCAAGUUAUGUUGAAACAAUUGAAUGCAAAAUUUCUGGACUAACACAUAGAAGUUGCAACAAACCAACCAUUCGAACAUCAGAAAAAGAAUUUUGGUUAUUCCAAGGCUCACAAUUUGUUAUUGCUGUAAUCAGUUUAUCUGUUAUACAAUACAAAAAAAAACAGUUCCAUAAAAAGUUAAUGAAAAGAUUACAAAAACAAUUAGAUUCUGUUGUGUAGCAGUGUGUACCUGUACAGUGCAUUACAUAUUGUACAAAUUAAACAGUUAAUCAGUUUUCCCAAAGAA